AUGAAAAAUGUUUUAAGGAUCUUUAGAUAUUUAAUUAUUCUUAUAUAUUUUUUUACUUACUGCAAUAGUUUAAAAAAAGAAUGUAAAAACGAAUUGAAUAAACUAAAUAAUAAUUACUAUGAAAAAUGCUUACAAAAUUAUAAAAAGGUAAAUGGAAAAAAAUUUUUUUAUUUAGAGAAUAAAAAAAGUAAAUUAAAAAGACUAUGGGAUGAUUUAACGAAAAGAUAUUCUAGAUUCCAUACAUCUAAUACAAAUCCUAUCGGAAAAAAUGAAAAUUUAAUUGAAAAAAAGUUUAAUAAUUUCAAUUUAAGAGAUAAUUAUGAAAUAAUUAAUAAAGCUAUAAUAAAUAACAGUACUGUUAUUAAUGAAUAUAUAUUUAGAAAAUUGUUAAAAGAUAAUAACAUUGAAACAAUUAAAUAUAAAGAUAUUAAUACAAUAAUAAAAAUUAUAAAUGAAUACUAUAUGAAAAACAAUCAUAUUUUUUCUGAAGUUCGUAAAUAUGAAGUUAAAAGAGAAGGAAAUCAAAACAUUUUAAUCAUAUAUGUAAAUGAAUUAAUUUUAGAUAAAAAUUCAAUUAAAAUUAAUAUUUAUAAAGUAGAAAAGAAAAAAGAUGAAACAGAAAAUUUAAAAAAACAAGAUAUACUUGACCCACUAGAAAAUGAAAUAUAUACUAACAGGAAAAUUAUUUUUGAAAAAAAAGAUUUAAUAAAUAAAGAUAUAAUAAAUUAUGAAUUAAAGAGAAAAGAUAAAGUGAAUGAUAAAUUAAAAGAAUUUUUUAAAAAAAAAAUGAACAUUAAAGAGAACAGUAUUUUUACAUGGAAUGAAUACAUGUAUGACUUAAUAAUAAAGUCUAAUAUAUUUAAUUAUAUAAAUACAAAAUUAUAUGUCGAUAAAAUAUCUAAUAAAUAUAUAUUAGAAAUAAAUUUAAUAGAAAAUAAAAAUGUUAUUUUUAUUCCAAGUAUUUCUAAAAGUUUCAAUUCUUUUUUAGAAUUUUGCUUAAAUCUAUCUUUUGCUUAUUUUCAUCUUUUUAGAUAUUCGGAUAAAAUGAAAAUAAAAUUUUUUCAAAAUUUGAAUUAUAAAAAUAAUAAACAUAAUUAUGAUUUUGUUUAUUUAAAUGAUGUCAUUGAGAUAGAAAAGUUAAAGAAUAAUUAUCCAAAUUUUUUAAUAUAUGGUUUGAGUUUGAAUAAAACUUACAAAAAUGAAUUAGAAUAUCCUUCUUUAAAUAAAUUUAUGAAUUUUAUAAAUGAUGAAAAUAAAAACAAAGUAAGUAUAAAUGAUUAUGAAGUACAAGAAGAUCUUAGUUUUGAUUCAAAAUAUUCUAUUUAUGUAAAAGAUAUUUAUAAUUAUUUAUAUAAAAAAAAACUCUUCAUUUUUUUUAUUAAAAAAAUUAAUAACACUAUUUUUGAAGUAAAAAUGAAAAUAAAAAAAAAUUUAAUUCAUAAUUUUUUUUAUUUUAUAAAAUCAGAAAAAAAAAGUAAGUUAAAUAAUGAUUUAAGUAGAAAAAAUAAAUUAAAAAAUUUAUUCUUAUUUAAAUAUUUUAAGUUUAUGAAAGAUGAAGAAAAGUAUAUCUUGUUUAAUAAAUUAUAUAAUAUUUAUAAAUCUAAAUUCAAGUUUUCUUAUUCCUUAGAUGUUUAUAAUCAGAAUUUUUUUGAGAGAUGUAAUUUUUUAAAAAAAUAUUUUAAUAUUAACAAUAAAAUAGACUUAAUAUUUUAUUUAAAUAAUAAUGAAGAUUUUUAUUUAAAAAGUGAUAAUAAUACUAGCAAUAAUGAUAGCAAAAAUGUGCAAAUAGAAUUAUUAUCUUUUUUAAAAAACAUUAAUAAAAAAGGAUAUAUAUUAGAUAAAAUAAAUAAUGUUUACUUAAAUUACACUAUUUAUUUUUGCCAAAAUUAUAGAAUCAAAUUAUCAAAUUUAUUUUAUAAAAUAAAUAAAUUAAAAACAAAUGAUGAUAAGAAAAAAGAAAAAUCUUUAUGUAAUGAAGAUUCACUUUAUGCUAUUCCUUUGUAUAUAUGUAAAAUACCUUUGGAUAAAAUUCAUCUUUUAUUGAAUUUAGAAUUUUCUUUAAAAAAAAAUAUAUGGAAAUAUAAAAAAAGCUAUAAGAAUAAUAAGGAAGAAAAAAAGGAAUAUAACAAUGAAAAUACAUUUAAUAUUGAUAGAAAAAAGUCACAAGAUAAUUUAGUAAAUAUUAAGGAAGAUAUUCAGCAAAUAAAAGUUUUUAAUAAUAGAUCUAAAAAUGAUUUAAUAUAUGAUAUAAGUAAUAUUAAUUUAAAUAAAGAUAAGAAAGAAAAUAUGAAUAAAAUGAAUUGUAUAUUACAUUAUAAAUUAAUAUUCCCAUUAUUAUUUAAAAAUAAUUUUUUAAAUUUGUUAAAUAUGAAAUUUUACUUUUUUAUUAAUUAUAAAAUAUCUGAUGAUAAAAAAAGUGAUAAUUAUUUCUUAAAUAAAGACAAAAAACUUAAUGCUUAUGAUUUUCUUAAAUUACACUAUUUAAAAAUUAAAAAAAAAAAUCCUAAUUCUUCAUAUGGUAUAGGUGCUAUUUUGUCUAAUAUUAAUGUUUUCCUAAAUUUUAAAUUUUAUAGUAAAUCUAUGUUGCCAUCUAUUAUUUUACAAUUUAAUCAAGAUCAUUCAAAAUUUAAAUAUUUGCUAUAA